GUUACCUGUAACUAACCAGCUAAUUAAAACUGAUUAGUAGAAGCUAAAAACAGCGUCAACAAGAAAAGAUACAUUAUUUUGUAAACGUAAAAAUUCAAUAUGGAGGUGAUUGACAACCGAAUGUCAACGUCUACAUUUCAUCCCCAGGAAGGAAUAAAUCAGGAGAUAAGUUCCGCAAAGAGAGAAGCGUUCUUCAAAGCAGCUGAGUUACCAGCCCCUACCCCUAAGUUUGACCCUAAUGCUCGCUUCACAAGUGACCGCCCUGAACGGACACGAGAACCUGUUAAAGAUCCAGUACGAAACAUGGAACCUGUCGACAAAGAAAAGGAACGGGACCGCAAAUAUGGGGACACUACCAAGGAAUUAGAGGGCUACGUUGGAUUUGCGAACCUUCCAAAUCAGGUCUACAGAAAAAGUGUCAAACGAGGAUUUGAUUUUACGCUAAUGGUUGUAGGUGAAUCUGGUUUAGGUAAAUCUACUUUGAUCAACUCCCUGUUCCUCACAGACCUUUACGCUGCAGAAUACCCAGGCCCUUCCAACAGGAUACAGAAAACAGUCAAGGUUGAUAGGACGAACGUUGCAUUGAAAGAGAAUGGAGUACAGCUACGCCUCACAGUUGUGGACACACCAGGCUUCGGUGACGCAGUAGAUAACAGUAAUUGCUGGCAGCCAGUGAUUGAUUUCAUCGACAGUAAAUACGAGGAAUAUCUCACCAAUGAGUCCAAGGUAGUGCGCAGCAGUACACCAGACACCAGGGUCCAUUGUUGUCUCUAUUUCAUCUCACCCACUGGCCAUGGGCUCAAGCCUCUCGACGUUGAGUUCAUGAGGCGGCUACAUGACAAGGUCAACAUUAUUCCAUUGAUAGCCAAGGCCGACACACAGACACCAGACGAAUGUAGAGAGUUCAAGAAGACUAUAUUAAAUGAAAUAGCGCAGCACAAAAUAAGAAUCUAUGAAUUCCCAGAAUGUGAUGAUGAAGAGGAAAACAAGAUACAGAAGAAACUUAGGGAUCGUGUUCCAUUUGCCGUAGUCGGUAGCAAUAUGACAACUGAAGUAAACGGGAAAAAAGUUCGGGGCCGACAGUACCCAUGGGGCAUUGUUGAGGUGGAGAACCUGGAACAUAAUGACUUCCUUGCGCUCAGGAACAUGCUUAUUAGGACCCACAUGCAAGACCUGAAGGACGUAACAAACAACGUACACUACGAGAACUACCGCUACAACAAGCUGGCGCCAGCAAACACAGACGGCAAAAUCAAGCCUGGAUCCCUCACAAAGGACCCGCUGUCCCAGAUGGCGGAGGAGAAACGGGACCACGACCAGCGCAUGAAGAAGAUGGAGGCCGAGAUGGAGCAGGUGUUUGAGAUGAAGGUCAAGGAGAAGAAGCAGAAACUCAAGGACUCGGAGGCAGACCUCCAGAAGCGCUCAGAGCAGAUGAAGAAGGCUCUGGAGCAGCAGCAGCAGGAGAUGGAUGACAAGUGGAAGACCUUCGAGCUGGAGAAGAAGCAGUGGGAGGAGAUGACCGGGUACUCAAACUCCCUCGAGAAUGUCAAAGAAAAAUCAAAAGAGAAAGGUGCUGGCAAAAAGCAGAAGAAGGGUUUAUUUUGAAGAGAAAGAAAGCACAUAUAAACAACAAUUUCAACCUUGACUUACUGGUUACCCUUGGCAAUGCUGUGCCUUUCGACAUAAAGGGAAAUAUUGUAUUGUUGGAAAACAACAGACACUAUCGGGCAGCUGUUAAAAUGAAAAGAAAUAAUAAUAUUUGUUCAUGAGAGGCUGCAUCACCAUGUCCCUGUCUGUUGGUAUGGGCCGUAUUUUAGCGAAACUACGCUUCUUUUAGCUUGAUUAUUAUUUGUUCAAAUUGUGGUAUGCUGUAUGUGUGUUGUUUUAAUGGUAGUAUCUUGAUAUGUUUAAAUAAUAAAAUUGCUUUUGUGUUAAUUCAAAAGUAGCAAAGCAUUAGAAAAGCUUGUAUCUCAUUAACAAGAGGAAAAAUUUUGUAUGAGAAAGUUGAAGAUAUUUUUCAAAUGCCAAGAAAUUAAAAUUGCUUGCAUAAGCUAUUUUUAUAAAUCAAUAUAUUAUUCUUAAAUAUUUAUAAGUCAUUUGCCCCAUUUUUUCAGACAAUCUGAAACAAAAGUUAAGUGUUCCAUAUGUAUUUAUAAACUGGUUAUGCGUGUGUCAAUUCACAUGAACAACAGUGCCAAAAAAGGACAAUGUUUAAACAAGUGGAAGCCACGGGUUAAUUUGGCAGGGCUUUUUUUAACAUUUUUCGAACAACUUUUCAAAGAAAAGGCAAGCUGUUUGGCAAGCAUUUGCUUUCAAGCUAGGCUAAAGAGACAAAUCGCCAAUCAUUUUUAAUGUGCAUACUGUUCCUUGUGCCAGUUAAUACAAGUACAUUAUCAUGAUCUUUAUGAUUUAAUGUACAUGUUUAUAAAGCAGUUACAUGUUUUAAGCAUGUUUAUGAAACCAAUCUACUUGGUUCUUCAAAAACAAUGAAAUCUUUUUCAUAUUUCGUAUGUUUGUCAAAAACUAUAUGAACUCAUGGUUCAGUCUUGUCUUGGUAGACAACAAAUCUCAUGUUCAAAUGUUAGAUGUACAUAGCUGGCUAUUUUUUAUUAAGGUCGUUCAUUUAAACAAUAUUAUUAUUGUAUGUUGUUUUCGUCAAAUUGUAUGUCAAUUUAAUUACAUGCAAUUUUAAAUAAUCCACAUUUUAAUAUAUUGUUUAACGGUACAAUGUAAUAUCAUUAUAUAUUAUGCUAAAGCUCUUGUAUUGGCCACAAUACUAUAUAAUAAAGCAAUUUGUAACCCUGUAUUAUGUUAGCUAGAAACAGCAAUAUGUUUUGUUUUGUUCACAUCUGGAUACAACAGAAUUGAUAAAUUCACAAACGCCCUUUAACCUCAAAUCUUUAGUUGACAGAAAUAUUUGUCUUUCUAUGCUAGAAAAUCUAUCAACAGGAUAACCAAUUAAUGUGGCAUUUUGUUGAAAUUCGAAGACUAGGUCUUGUGCUAUAUUUUUAAAAUCAUUUCUGGUAAUGAGCUGCACCCUGAGAAAACAGCGCUAAAUACAUGUGUGUAAAGUGUCAUCCCUGAUUAAACAAAUAAUUCUGUAAAAGGGCAAAGUAUUGUCCCUGAUUAACCCUUUCCCAAUCAGAAACAAAGUAAAAAUGACUUUGCAACCAGCCUUAUACCAGAACAGCCUGUGAGUCACUCGCAGUCUGUUCAGGCUUUAUGCUGUUUGCUGCUCAUUCGUAUCUUAAGGUUGGAAAUGAAGCCUUUAAAACUUGAUUCUAGUGAAAAAGUUUUUAAUUUAAUUAGAUUUACAAAGGGACUAUAAAUGCAUCAAAGUGCAUUUAUAAGGGUUAACCUGUGCUGACUGCAUCUGACACAACACUUUGUGCAUGUGCAUUUAGCACCGUUUUAGUGAAGGGAGGCUAAAAUGUUGGUUGGGGUGUUGUUUAACAUUCAUUGUGCGUUUACUUCAGUAUUCAUUUUUCUAUAUUUAUAAAAUGAUGUUCAAGAAUAUGUAUUCAUCAUAUUUUAUUAAUGCGCAAUAUAAGUAAUCAUGACAUACUGUAGUAGACCUCGUGUAUAAUAUUAAAUGUAUUUUAUAGAUAAGUUGCUGUAAUCUUGUCAAUUUUUUGAAGCAAGUGCAAUAAGGAACACAUCUAGUUAUACACUCAGUUAACAACAAAAUCUAUACAUCUUUACGCCCUUUGUGGUUUUAUUUUUAAGUAGAUAAUUUGUUAUGUAUUGUGCUGUAAACUCCAGAUAUGCGUGGUCCUACUUUCAAAUAGUUUACGUAUAAACUGUUGGAAUAUUGAAUUGGAUAUAAAAAAAAAUAUACCCUAUAAAGAUAGACAAUUUUAUAAUUUAAACAUCAUGUAUUUACCAACAUUAGUUUUAAUAGUGUUAUAUAAAAGACUGGAAUGAAAUUAUUUGUUAAGGAAUUUUUUUCCUAUACCAUAUACCAAAACUUGGUUCUAAGUAUUUUCUUACACAAAGAAAACACUUCUUUAUCAGUGGUUUCAAGCACUGCCAUGUUCUUGAAAUAUAAUUUUGAUACUUUGUCCUAACAAAAUUUCCAUUGUCUGUAAAAAAUUUAAAGCUUUAUAAGAUCAUUUUCUGUUAAUAAUGUUUCUGUAUCUGAAAACAUCUUUUAGUUUAAGUUUUAGGGAACUAAGUACAAACAGAUAAUUUUUCUCAUCCAUUCUGGAAAAAAAAAUUGAUCUUUUCUCUUUUUAAAGACGAAUUAAUCUUGGGUUCUUGAAGAUAAUUAUUUAUGUAGCUUAAUUUGUUUUGUCUGUAACUAUGUUGUACAUGUAGUAGUGGUAUUGUGGUAAUUUUUUGUCAUUCUGCUAUUUUUCAUAGAGGUCACAUGCAUUAAUGUUGUAUUACUGUAUAUCAAUUCAUUGUAUCAGCUGUAACAUUUUAUUUCUAUCAUCUCAAUAUUUUCAUGGAUAACUUUUAUACAUUUAAAUAAAAAUGAAUAUGCUUCCAUA